CCGCUCCCGCCCCGCCGGGCUCCCACGGGCGCGGGUGAGCGGGGGCACUGCCGGGCUGGGCGGGACCGGCCGCCUCCUGCGCGGGUUCCCCGGAAAGGGACCGGGGCUGCGACCGGAGCUGCGGGCAGUAGCGCCGGGCGGGCGCGGGGCUCGGAACAAGCGGCUGCCGGGCGUGCUCCGGGGAGGGGGCGACAGCGGCCGGUCCCUCCGCCUCCUCCCCGGGCGGGAUCGCCGCCCCGGCUGCCCCGGAGGAGGCGGAUCCCCGCGCUGGCAGCGCCUCUUCCGCGGGGGCGGAGAGGCCGCGCUGGUGAGUAGCCGGAGGCUCCGUCCUGUCGCGGACCCUCCCGCGGGGCCGGUCCCGGGGGCCCGUGUGAAGCUUUCCAGUUCCCUGUGCCACCAUCAUGUCGCGAAGUCCCACUGGCAGCUCUGUGGAUGACAAGGCCUUUCUCCUGGAGUACCGAUGCCACCCAGUACGGCCGGAGCCCCCCAGCCCGAGCUCCCCCCCUGGGAAGCACGGCUCUGCCAUGGCGCCCAAUGCCGCCCCGCUCCCUGCAAUGGGCUCCCCCCCAUUGGCCGAGCCCCGACGCAUCAUCCUGAGCACCGACAGCCCGGCCGCGCUCAAGGUGGGCACCCAGCAGCUGAUCCCCAGGAGCUUGGCUGUCUCCACCAAGACCAAGAACAACCCCUCCCGGCACCAGAGCUUUGGGGCAACUGGGCCCAGCCGGGAGCCCCAGGGCCCCGACCCAAAGCGGGCGUCCAUCCCCAUCGUCCCCAGCGUCUCCGUGGAGGCAGAUGAGGAGGAUGGCGGUGGGGGCGCCCUCAAGCGCAACCUGAGGAGCAUGUCCUACCGCGCGGCCAUGAAGGGCCUGGGCGCGGAGCCGGAAAAAGCCAUCCCCGCGCUGAAACCCGUGUCCGAGGAGGGCAGCUCCCCGCCUGCCCACAGCCCCACCAGGAACAAGAGAACCUUUGGGCGGAAGCGGGUGCAGAAGCGUGGUGGCUCCUUCAAGGACCAGCCCCAGCUGUACCAGGAAAUCCGUGAGAGAGGCCUGAACUCUGUGAGCCAUGAGUCAGAUGAGGAUUUGCUGGAGGAACCCGUCCCAGAAGAGCCGUCUCCUGCGGGUGCUGCGAUCGUGGUGCAGAGCUACCGCCCGGCGCAGGUCACCUGGAGCCAGCUCCCGGAGGUGCUGGAAGCCGGGAUCCUGCAGAAGAUCCACCCUGAAGAGCGCGAGCGGCAGGAGGCCAUGUUCGAGAUCAUCACCUCUGAGUACUCCUACAUGCACAGCCUGAACAUCCUGGUGUGUCACUUCAUGAGGUCGGAGGAGCUGAAGGAGACCAUGACUCAGAUGGAGCAUCAUCACCUGUUCUCCAACAUCAGCGACAUCCUGGCGGUCAGCACCAGAUUCUUCGAAGACUUGGAGAAGCGGCACCAGGAAAACAUCCUCAUUCCUGACAUCAGUGACAUAGUUGAAGAACACGCCUCCAACCACUUCAGCCCCUACGUCAGCUACUGCUCCAAUGAAGUCUACCAGCAGAGGACUCUCCAGAAGCUGCUAACCACAAACCCUUUAUUUAAAGAGACCCUGAAACAAAUUGAAAGGAAACCAGAAUGUGGAGGCCUGCCAAUGAUAUCAUUUCUCAUUCUCCCUAUGCAGAGGGUAACACGGCUUCCUCUGCUGUUAGAUACUGUCUGUCAAAAAACAAAAGCUUGCACAGCAGCGUACGGAGCUGCCACCCGCGCUCUGAAAGCCAUCAGCAAGCUGGUUAAGAAUUGCAAUGAGGGAGCUCGUGCGAUGGAGAGGACAGAGCAGAUGUACACACUGCAGAAACAGCUGGAAUUUGGAAAGAAGAAGCCGUUCCCGCUGAUCUCUGCGUCCCGCUGGCUGCUGAAGCGGGGGGAGCUGUACCUGCUGCUGUCGGAAGAGGGGGGCAUCUUCCGCCGGGGCGCCGGCCGGCUCUGCUACCUCUUCUUGUUCAACGACGUCCUCAUCAUAACCAAGAAAAAGAGCGAGGACAGCUACACCGUGAUGAACUACGCCACACUGGACCAGGUCACGGUGGAGAAGAUGGAGAACCCGGAGCCGCCUUCUCCUCCUCCCGGCAAGAGCGGCAGCGCGGCCCGCGGCACCGGCGGGCACCUGCUGCGGGUGCUGAUGGAGCGGGACAGCGAGGGCCGGCGGGAGGAGGUCGUGCUGGCGGCGGAGACGCUGAGCGACCGGGCCCGCUGGAUCACGGCGCUGAUGCACAGAGAAAAGGAGAAGCCUGACACCACUCCUAAAGGAGAUCUGAGCCAAGUGGAGAUAACCCGCGCGUACCUGGCCAAGCAGGCGGACGAGCUGUCCCUGCAGCAGGCGGAUGUUGUCCUGGUGCUGGGCGGAGAGGACGGCUGGUGCUGGGGUGAGCGGCUGAGGGACGGCGAGCGGGGCUGGUUUCCCCAGUCCUGCGCCCGGCAGAUCACCAGCCGCGCAACCGUGGAGUGCAACGUGCGCCGGAUGGAGCGGCUGCGCAUAGAGACCGACGUGUAGGCUUCCAGCCCCGGAGAGACGCUGCUGUCCUGACUCGUUUCAGGGGUCUUCAAACCUCUGCGGACUGAGCCCAUAGCGAGUGUCGGGUUGGGUUGAAGUGGCUGUGGCCACGUUCUGGGCUCUGCUGAGCGGCUUGUGCUGCCCCCUCCGUCCCCACUGGUGGCUGCAGAGCCUGUGCGGGCAGCCCAGGGGCACGGGGAGAGUGUACCUGGAUCAAGAAGUUUUUAACAACUUAAA